UCAGUGUGCAACCUAUAUUUAUUGUGAAUGUUUACGAGUGAUUAAGUUUUACAAUUUCAAGAAAAAUGGGAGAAAUAAGAACAUUUGUUUUCAUACACUCGGAGACUACGGGACUACCUGAAAGAAAGGAUAUGCCAAAAAUGAAUGAACUCAGUAUAGUCGCUGUUCAAGCAGGUCAUAUCCAAAUGAAUGUUUUUCCACGAGUUCAGAACAAACUUCAUUUUUGUUUCAACCCUUGUAAAGAGAUAUCUCCUCAUGCUAAAUAUAUGUCAGAGUUAACAAAUGAACUAUUGGAGGAGAUGCCCAAAUUUUGUAAGAAAACCGUGGAAAUGAUACAUGAUUUUCUGGAGCGGCUCCCUCAACCAAUAUGUCUUGUUGCUCACAGUGGAAACACGUUUGACUUUCCUAUUCUACAAAAUGAAAUAUCUACAACAGGAAGUCCAUUGGCUCAAAAAUUUGUGAACUAUUUGUGUGCAGACUCGGUGGAAAUAUUUGAAGAUAUUCAUAUCGCCACUACCACUGAUUUUUCACAUUUCAAUCCAAGACCUAGUUUCAAACUGCCCGAUGUUUACUACAGACUAACAAACCAAACUCCUGAACACCUUAUUCGAGCGGAAGAUGAUGUUUUGAGACUGAUUAGAUGUGCAGCUGUUAGCGGAAAAAAUUUCGUCAAGUGGGCUCAUCUAAAAGCAAAACAAAAUUGGAACAUGGAGAAUUGGAAACACAAUUUGAAAAUUUAAAUGUUUUUGAAAUGUAUGAGUUUAUUUGCCGUGUUACUUUCAAAUGUUGGAUUAAAUAAACAUAUUCCAAAAGUU